AUGCAGCUCCUCAUAUACAUCACCCCCCUCCUCUCCCUCUUCCCUCUCAUCAACGCGCUGCCUGGUCCCACCAGCUGCACAACCAUCACUCCAGACAUCGCCCGCGUCUCCGAAGCCCAGCCGGUCACCUCAUACCUCCCCGGCUUCCGCAUCUCCCAGAAAGAUGGCGGCACCAACAAAGAGGACAUGUUCGUCGAAUUCAACGUCACCUCCGGAAGCUGGGGCUGCACGCUCUCCUACUCCUUCCCCGCCGGCACCCCUCUCACGACUUCUGGAGCCGCCCCCGUCGAAAUCUCCGCGGUGAAUGGCCCGCUGAGCCGAUCUCCUCGCGGCAUCGACGUGUCCUGGGCGUAUUGCCCGGCACCGGUGGCGUUGGUUGGGAGUACGACCUUCCAGGCGGAUCCGAACCAGGCGACGACGAGGUUCAUUAACAGUUUCUCGUGCUCGAAUAAGAUGACGUACCGGUUGAGUAUUGCGAGUUGGUAUAAGCAGGCGACCAGUGUUGAGUUUGCGCAAGGACCUGGGGUUGGAUUACGGAUGAGCUAUAAUUGUUAG